AUGGAUCGAAUCAUAACUGAAAUUCCAUAUAAGUUUACUUAGAAGUGCACAUAAAUGAUCAUAGAUAUCAAUAGAGUAAUCCUGAAGAUGGAUGACGAUACCUCAACAUCAAUAUAUGUAUUGAGUUAGAAUUUGGAGAUAAUUGGACCUAUUUAUAGUGGAGCUAAGGUGGUUUGCUUAGAAUUAAUAAAAAGUUAUGAAAGUGAUAAAUUGUUUAUUCUUGGACUCAGUAAUUCUGUUGAGAUCUAUACAGAAAUUGAAAAUAAAUUGUAUCCCAUAAAUAAGAUUUUGAAUUUGAAAUUGAUGCAACUGAAGAAGAUUGAAAUCACUAAUGAAAACAUGGAGAAAACUGAUGGAGAAAUGGAAAUAUACAGUGUAGUACCUGAAUAAUGA